CACUGUCCCCUUGCAGCCGCCGCGCGGUCCAAGUUCUACGUGCGGGAUCCGCCGCACGACAAACCCGACUGGCUGAAAGUCGGCCUGACCUUGGGCACCUCGGCCUUCCUGUGGCUCUACCUCAUCAAACAGCAUAAUGAAGAUGUCUUAGAGUAUAAAAGAAGGAAUGGAUUGGAAUAAACUUGUGGAAUAUUAACAUAGGGCGCCAUCGAGUGACGCGGCGGUUCCUCUGGAUCCCCCAGUCUGUUGCGGUGUUCAUGUGAGAUGUUGUAUGUGAAUAUUUGUCAAAUCAGCAUUUGUGUUUUACAUCAUUACGUGAAAAAAUAAAAAUGCUUCUGUAUUCAGAUUAUGUAUAUUGCGACCACUUGUAAUAUGUGACUCGAAGGGCCACCGGAAGAAGUAUUUCUCUGCGGCUGGGGCCGUCUGAUAGCAGUCAACAGCAAAGAAAUUUGCUAAGAAACUUUGUUAAGGAGAUGCUUUCCGAAAUCACUGCUGGAGGAUUUACACCUGUGUCAACUUCAAAUUUUUAUUCUUUAGUGAUCAGGAUGAUAGAUCUAUGGUAGUAUGCAAAGCAUAAAAGUACCAAAUACUGUUCUCUUCUUUACAUGAGGAAAGAGGAAUCCUGUGACCAGACAUUCUUAAGACACUAUUUUCUUGAAUUUGAAUGAUUCUCACUGGGGUGACUAUUUUUACUGGUUGAAGCAACGCCAACUUCGUUACUCCUUUUUUGUUGAGGAAAUUUGUUAUUCCUUCAUUCUUUUAUCUAUGAUUGGAUGGUUAAUACACACAAAUUAAAAUACAUUAUCCCUUAUCAAAACCUGUUCUUGUAAGUCAGUUAAAACUUAUUUACAUGCCACAUUAUUAACUUGUUGUUUAAACACUUACUGUACCAUACACUUAAAGAUUCAGUAUUUUAUGUUUCCAUUCUGGUGUUGAGAGGUUCAUUGCUUUAUAAUUGUUUAUGUGUCUUUACUCUCUGGGUGAAUCAUGACCCAAUAUUGUUGUGUGUCGCUUCAAACAGCUUCAGAUUUAUAUUAUUUCAGAGUAAUUAAUCCAAAUUCAAUGAAAAACCAGCUAUCACAGUAAAUGUUAACUUUUGAAAUACUAACUGGUAAGACUAGGUAGACCACUCUCAUCAUUUUACAAAUGCAGAUACCAGAGGUGAACAGCCAUGUGCUCAGCACCGCUAUGGUUGGGAGAAUGAUGAACCCCAGAGGUGACCAUUUCCCAGUGCCUAGAAUCUGUGUGUGUUAGGUUAUAUGAUAGUUUUAAUAAAUUAAGAUUGCAGCUGGAAUUAAAAUUUCUAGUCAGUUGACACUAAAGUGGGGAGAUUAUUUGGGCCCAGGAGUCUCUAAGUGGAAGGAGAAUGUGAUGGGGAUCUUGGAUAAGCAAAACUCAGCUGGCCACCGUGGGCUUUGAAGAUGGAAGGAGGCCAAAAGUCAAGGAAUUGGACAGUCUAGAAGCUAGAAAAGUCAUACUCUCGCCUGGAGCUUCCAGAAGGAAGUGGAGCCCUGCUAACACCUUGAUCUUAGUCCAGUAAGACCUGUGUCGGAAUUGCGACCUACAAAACUGUAAAAUGGUAAAUAAAUUUAUGUUGUCAUAACUCACAACAUUUGUUAUAUCAGCAAGAGGGAACUAUUAUGUUGUCAGAAAAGUCAUGAUGAGAUUUUUCUGGUUUUCAAACGAAAAUGCUGACUCUUCCAACAACCCAGUAAUGUCACAUGGUAAUAGAGGCAGGAAGGUGGGUAUCAACUCUCAGUUCAAGAUGCUCUGCACUAAAA